AUGGUGCAGCAAGCGGAGAGCUUGGAAACCGAGAGCCACCUGCCCCGGGAAGCUCUGGAUACGGAGGAGAGCGAAUUCAUGGCUUGCAGCCCCGUAGCCCUGGAUGAGAGCGACCCGGACUGGUGCAAGACGGCGUCGGGUCACAUCAAACGACCCAUGAACGCUUUCAUGGUGUGGUCGAAGAUCGAGCGCCGCAAGAUCAUGGAACAAUCUCCGGACAUGCAUAACGCCGAGAUCUCCAAAAGGUUGGGCAAGCGGUGGAAAAUGCUCAAGGAUAGCGAAAAGAUCCCGUUCAUCCGCGAAGCCGAGAGAUUGCGUCUCAAGCACAUGGCCGACUAUCCCGACUAUAAGUACCGACCUCGGAAAAAACCCAAAAUGGACCCAUCGGCCAACAACAACAACAGCAACAAGCCCAGCUCGGGUCAGAGCCCGGAGAAGAACGCGGCGGGCGGUGGCGGCGGCGGCGGCGGUGGCAGCAACGGGGGCGCGGGCGGCGGUGCCAAGACUUCUUCCAAGAGCUCCAGCAAGAAAUGCAGCAAGCUCAAAACGUCCGCGACGCCCGCAGCUGCGGGGGCCAAGGCGGCGAUCGGUGCGGGGGGCAAAGCGUGCACGCAACAGCAGCAGCAGCAGCAGCAGCCCGGAGACUACGGUGGCGGUGGCGGCGGCGGCGGCGGCGGCGGUGGCGCAGCCGACGACUACGUCCUGGGCAGCCUGCGCGUCGCGGGCGUCGGUGGCCCGGGCAAGACGGUCAAGUGCGUGUUCCUCGACGAGGACGACGACGACGAGGACGACGACGACGAGCUGCAGCUGCGGAUCAAGCAGGAGGUGGACGACGACGACGACGACCCGCCGCCCCACCAGCAGCUCCUGCAGCCGCCGCUGCAACAGCCGCCGUCGCAGCCGCAGCCGCCGCAGCUGCUGAGACGUUACAACGUCGCCAAAGUCCCCGCUAGCCCCACGCUGAGCACCUCGGCCGAGUCCCCCGAAGGGGCCAGCUUGUAUGAUGAAGUCCGAGCCGGGGCCACUGCGGGCUCCGGGAGCGGCAGUCGCCUGUAUUACAGCUUCAAGAACAUCACCAAGCAGCAUCCACCGUCGCUCGCGCAGCCUGCGUCCUCGCGCACCGUCUCCACUUCUUCUUCCUCCAGCAGCAGCGGGAGCAGCGGCAGCUGCAACAGCCACAACAGCAGCAGCAGCAGCAGCAGUAGCAGCAGCAGCGAGGAUGCCGACGACCUGAUGUUCGACCUGAGCUUGAAUUUCUCCCAAAGCGCUCACAGCGCCCACGAGCAGCAGCAGCAGCAGCUCGGGGGGAACUCGGCCGCCGGGAAUCUGUCCCUGUCUCUCGUGGAUAAGGAUUUGGAUUCGUUCAGCGAAGGCAGCCUGGGCUCCCACUUCGAAUUCCCCGACUACUGCACCCCCGAGCUGAGCGAGAUGAUCGCGGGGGACUGGCUGGAGGCGAACUUCUCCGACCUGGUGUUCACGUAUUGA